CUGAAAGGGAAAAAGCUGGAUUUUUACGGAAGAGAGGACACAUAUGUAAACCUGAAUAACACCAUUCCUGAACUCAGCCGAUUUACAGCAUGCAUUGACUUAGUAUUCAUGGAUGACAACUCAAGUGAUUGGAUAGCCUUCUCCUAUGUUAUUAAUAACACCUUCCUGGGCAGAGAAGACAUAGACCUUGGACUUGCAGGAGACCACCAGCAACUAAUACUAUACAACUUGGGCAAGACUUUUUAUAUCCGUUACCAUCUGACUCCAUUUCAAUGGCAUACAGUAUGCUUGAUAUGGGAUGGUGUGAAGGGCAGAUUAGAGCUCUUCCUGAAUAAAGAAAGACUACUGGUGAUGAUGGAUCAACCACAAAACCUGAAGCCUAGUGGGACUUUAGUCCUAGGGCACUUUCCCAAGAAUGGGGAUGGCCAAGUUAGAAAUGUUGUGCCUGGUUUCACUGGCAGCUUGUACUACUUUCAACUCUGGGACCACAUCCUGGAGAUUGAGGAUUUUAUGAAAUGUUUAGAUGGAAAUGUAGUUAGUUGGGAAGAAGAUGUUUGGCUCACCAACAAGAUCAUACCAACUGUUGACAAGAGACUGCGCUGCUUUGUUUCAGAUAAAAUAACAACUCAAGGAACAAGUAGAACUAUUUCAAAGCAAGUAAAUUUGACAACUCCAUCCCAAAUUACUGGGCUAAAACCACAAAAGACUCUAUAUUCCUCUUCAGUGAUGUCUAAAAGUAUACCUGUGUUUGCAUCUGAUCAUAUAACUGUAUCAUAUUCCAAAAUGACUUCUCUACCUUUGGAAUCUAUGACUACAUCAAAAAAUGUUAAGCCAUCUGUAGCUGAGACAUCUACCAUAUCAGCAGAUACUUUAUCUACUUUAGUAGACAUCACUCUGCCUACCAAGAGUACAUCCAUAAUCACUAUUAUCAAUUCAAAAAAAACAAGUAAAUUCCCAUCUUCAGAAAGGAUGAUGACAUCAAAAAUGGCUGAAGCCCUUACUUCUGAGACCUCUCAUCAAACUACAGCUGCUGAUUUUCUAUACACAUCUGAAUUUACCAAGAAUUCAGUUGCAUCUAAAACUUCAUCAACUAGAUCUCAGUCUGCCAUUAUAAAGACAACAUCUUUACUCUCAUCUAUUGAGUCAAUGUCCAUGUCUGCGACAUCUUGGCCCAAACACAAAUCCACGGAUUUUGAGACACUCCCUAUCUCCACAGCUGAACAGGUAUUUCUUGCAUCUUCAUCUACUGGAACUUCUUCAGCUACAACUACUCACAUUGGAACUGCCUCAGCAUUCUCACCUGAGUCUGAGCUCAUCUCCACAGUUGCUCCAGUUGACUCUCUAUUGUCUAGAAAUCAGACCAUAUCUACAUUGGCAACAACUGACAUGGAGACAGCAUUUACAGUCCGUUCAGUGACUCUUCCAACUAGGCCUAUUGAGACUACACCUGUCUUUAGAACAUCUGAAACUGAAUUGACAUCUACAAAUUUCCAAGAUGUCUCUUCACCCAGUGCGGAGGAUGCUAUAUCUACGUCCAUGCCAAAAGAGACCUCUUCUAUGUCCCUUUUAUUCAAGACAUCCUCUCCAUUCACUGGAACUCAGACUGUACAGACAGUUAGUGAUGAUGAGACUACAUUUAAAAUUUUAACUCCUGGAAUCACAUUUGCAACUACAGUGACUGAAACCAUCUUUCCUCCCACAAUCACAAGGCCAGUAUACACACAGAAUCUGCCUACAGAUGAUAAUACCUCACUUUAUCUGAGUUCCGCUAGCUUAGCUUCCACAGUCAAGUCAUCUGCGUCAGAUCCCACAAUAAUAUCUGAGACUGCUUGGACUUCCAGGCCAGACCAGAAUGUUUUAACAUCUAUAAAUACAAGCACCAUACUUGCAUUCAUGCCUAAUGAAAAUUUCACAUCAUCUUCCCAUGAGGGUACUUCUAAUAUGGAACAUUCAUUGACAACUAGUAAUAUUAUCACUCCACCAGAAGAGAGUGAGGCUACAGGUGAUAUCACUGUUACAACCAGAUAUGCAACAGCUCUCUCCAAAUUGACAUCUCCCUGGUUUACUAAUCCCUCCACAUCUGUGCUCAAAUCUGAGUUUCAAGUUACCACCUUGCUAAAAACUGCCCCUAUGUCUACGGUAGCCACAAAUGAACUUCUUUCAACACCAAUGGAAACAGUUGUUCCUUCAGAAGACAUAACAUCUACCCUCGCUGACAUAAAGUCAGAUUUUUCUACUAAGGAAUGCCUUACUAAGACCGAAACAAAUAGUACAAUUCCAUUUGGAGAGACAACAGCCCUUGUUCCAACGUCUGUGACAACACAAAUUUUCAAUGCUACUGUGACAAGAAAAGAAACAACUUCCCAUUUUCGUACGGGAAAAUCAACUACAGCAGCGACACCUGAGAUUUCUCCAUUUUCAACAAUGCUGGAGGCAACAGAUGAAGCUACACAAAUGUUGCCAUCAUUGAUCACCAUUUCUCCUUUUCCCAAUAUAGAAAAGAUUACUACCUCAGUGGAUAAUAAAACUGCAACUACUGAGGUUAGAAGAAGUUGGUUUACGUCAGACUCUGUUAAAACUACACCUAAGAGUUUGAGUUCAAACAGUGGAACUACAGAAAUCUUUAAUUCCACUCACACCUACAGAGCACGUUGGACUUCAGAGACUUCACCUGAAGGGAAUUCAGAUUCAUCUCCCACUUCUAAGCAUACACAGAUAUUUCCUGAACUCCUGGAUGUAUCCACAAGGAGCCUUGGGACCAUUUUCACCAUUACUCCUACAGACAGGACAGCUAUGUCCUUAUCUGCUAGCACCUUACCUCCACAGUCUGCAUCUACCAUUUCCCCAACAACUCCUGGGCCUGUUACUCAUAUGAUCUCACUUCCAGUUAGUGGCUCUGCUGUCACCUCUAUGAUGGUACACCAGUCUGAUGAGACUAAGGUGACCAUGCCUGAGCCUUCAACACUGGCUAGACCUUUCUCCACAUCUACGCUCUCAGAAGUCUCAAUUCUGCCAUCAGCUAUAGUGACCACAGCAUCAAUGACAACUUUGGACCAGAUGGCUUCCACAACCAGCAGUACCAUGCCUACCCACAUAGACUCUAUUCUUACCACUUCAGAGGCCACAGGGAUCUCUGUCAGUAUGACCCCAGUGACAGUUCCCUCUCUGACAGAAGCUCCAGUCCCCUCACUGAGAAUUCCCACUCCUGUGACAACUAAGGCUGAUACCACCUUCACUUCUUCCUUAUCUGACACAGUAACUCCACCCACACAUAUUCUUACUUCUUCCACAUCUCUCCCUGACAAACUUUCUGUGGUGUCCUCCACUCCUGUGUUCUCAACUGCAUCUACACCAAUAACAACCCAACCCACAUCUCAAGUGGCACUGACUACAGGGCUGGAGACAUCUACACAUGCUCUGAGCUUUCCAUAUACUUUUAGUGGUGAUGCAGAUGUUCUUAGCUUGGUUACUGGCACCACAGAACCCUCUGUUGUUAAUGAGACCAGGCCUGUACACACCUCUGCCAACAAGCUUACUACCUCAGUAGACAUUCACAGCUCUCAAUCUUCCACACAUCUUGUAAACACACCUGUUCCCAUCCUACUGAUGACAGGCACUUCUACCAUAUCGUCUAACAAAGAACCGAUGAUCACCUCCUUGGGAAACACUUCUAGAACUAUAGAAGCAACAGAAAUGUCCUCAUCUAAGAAUUCUUUUAUUUCAUACUCCCAAGGAACUUCAUCCUUGGAGAUGACAGACAUGGGAUUUUCAGAAACCAUAAAAAUUUCCAGUCAUCAAACACAUUCACCUUCAGAGGUUUCACUCGAGACCCUGACUGAGGGAAAUUCAGUUUCAUCUGCAACUUCUGGAAGCACAUCUACGACACCUACCUUGUCCUCAAAUAACACAGUAGGUGCUCACAGUUUAGAAACAUCUUCCAGUCUUGGGAAAACAGCUCUACCUUCACAAGCUUUGACAAUCACUACUGUUGUGUCUCCUGAAAAAGAAAGCAUGAGUGCCAUUUCCGAACAUACUCCUGGAUCUGUGGAAAUGACAGUAAGCUCCACCUCUGUGACUCACCCUGUCUCGUACCACCAGGAUACUUCAUUCAUAGCCACUGCACCUUCUGGAACAACCAGAUUAUCAAAUUCUAUGAACAUCAACGCAACUGCAUCACAGGUUUCCCCAUCUUUGACUAACUUUAACAGCACUCUUAGGCCCACAAGAAGUAUGAAAGUUACUACUUACCUUUCUUCUAAUACAGGAAAGAUGACUUCCUUGUUAGAAAAUACUUCCUUAACAGAUGAACUAACAAAAAGUACCACAUCUAUGAAUAUUUCUAUUUCACAUCCUCAGUUGACCCCAUCCAUAGGAACCCCACUUUCUUUGACAUCAUUUCGUUAUUUACCUCAUAGUACUGAGUUCUCUACCACAAAGACAUCUCCAGUUCCCAUAUCCCACAAGGUUGAAUUUCCAGUUCUGGGAACAGUAAUAACAUCUAGUAACGCUCAGUCUUUGCUUAAGACUUCCUGGAACACACCCACAGCCAUAGAUUCUCAAUUUCCCAUUUCCAUCGCUACUCAUGUACCUACUCCCGUUAAAAUGGAAACAGAAACUCUCCAAUUUGUUCCAGAGUCUUUACCAACAUUCACAACCUCUCUUGUAUCUGAAGAUGUUACUUCAAAGUCAUCAAUUUCCACAUCUGGAAUGCUUCCUACGUUUGGGCUCUCUGAGAGUCCUUUAUUACCAACUUCUUCAAGAGCUAUCUCUACUACCUUAACUGACAUGAAGCACACAUUUGAGAAGAAAGCCACAUCUGUAACUGCUGGGAUCACAUUUCCAUCGAAACCUUCUGGUGCUGCGGCAGAUUCUAUGAUCACAAAGGCUACUACUUUACCCAUGCAGACUUGGAUCUCAUCUAGUCUCCAUUCAGGUUCCCCUCUUGCAACUGCACCCAAAGCCCCUCAAGUUAUAACUUCAUCUACAGUAGAGGGACCAAAAUCCACAUUUCUGACUUCUGACUUGACAUCAACACAUCCAUUCACUAACUUUGCAACACUACCCGUUACUACUGUAGGCACCAUACUCACUAAAACUACUCCCACACCUUCAAUGACUAAUAUCACUAUUGGCUUUCCAAAUUCUCUUCCAAUGUCUACAAAAACCACAGAUGACAAUAUUCACAUUUUCACAUCCCCUGGAGCAUUACCCAGAACCACUGUGAUGGUCAACUCCAGAACUGUGUCUCAACUUCCUUCAUUUAGCAGGAUGAAUAUGUCACCUCUUACAACUGACCACACACUAUCUAUAGGUUCCAUACCUCUGUCUAGCCAUACUAUAGCAUCUUCAUGGAGCACUAUCCCUGCUGUAUCAACAUCCCCUACUUUAGUUCUUCCUAAGCCUACACUGGACCCCCUUCCAAAUAUAACCACUACUACAGUGUCAUUUCCACUUACAUCCACCGAAGUGACACAUCUUUCUACAGCAGCAGUGUCUUCAUUAAUCUCUUCCUCUUUUGAGGCAACCAGGCUGGACUGCACACCUUCCUUUCGGACUAUAGGAACAGUUACUUCAACUAGUGCUGCAAAGUCUACAGUUUCCUUCUACAGUAUUGAAAUGAACUUUUCAGUCUUUGAUGGAGAGUCAAGGAUCCCUAUUGCCAGUGCUAUAAAUGAGUUUGCAGAAUAUUGGUUGAAUUCGAUAUUUCAAGACAGUGAAUUUGCUCUUGAUAAACUGGCUACUCAAAUUAAGAGCAGAGACACAUCUGAGGAAGAAAUAGCCAUGGACAGAGCUAUUUUGGAGCAGAAAAAGGGGCAAGGAAUGGCUACAAUUUCCCGUGUAGCAUACAGCUGUGUUUGUCAGGUCAUCAUGAAGGCCAACUCUUCCUUAGAACCCACUGAAUUGAUGAACAGGAUCAAAAGUAAAAUACAUGGCAAUCUGACCCAUGGAAACUUCACACAAGACCAAUUGGUGUUAUUAGUAAAGUCUGAACAUAUUUCAGUAAGAAAACUAGAGCCGGGAAAGUGCAAAGCCGAUGAAACAGCCUCUAAAUUCAAAGGGACAUAUAAGUGGCUAUUAACCAACCCUACUGAGAAAGCCCAAACUAGAUGCAUAAAAAAUGAGGAAAGCAACGCUACUAGAAUCUGUUCAAUCAGUAUCAUCUCUGGCGAAUCUGAAUGGGAGAAACCAAAGUUUAAACAAUGCAAAUUGCUUCAAGGACUUCCUGAUAAAAUUGUGGAUCUUGCUAAUAUUACCAUAAAUGAUGAGAAUGCAGAUGAUGUUGCGGUGCACAUUUUAAAUUUGAUAAAUGAAUCUCCACCUCUGGAUGAAAAAGAAACAAAGAUCAUUAUUUCUAAACUAUCUGAUAUUUCACAAUGUGAUGAGAUAAGUAUGAACCUAACCCAGAUUAUAUUACAAAUAAUCAACAUUGUUUUGGGAAAGCAAAAUGAUUCAGCAUCUGACCUGCAUGAAGUGAAUAAUGAAAUUCUGAGGAUCAUAGAUCGUGCUGGUCACAAGAUGGAAUUUUUUGGGAGGACAGCAAAUCUGACAGUGGCCAGGCUGGCUUUGGCUGUGCUGCGGGUGGAUCACACGUUUGAAGGCAUGGCGUUCGGCAUUCGUUCUUAUAAAGAAGGCACUGACCCUGAGAUUUACCUAGGUGAAGUCCCCCUGGGGAAGAUUUUGGCUUCUAUAUAUUUGCCUAAAUCAGUGAAAGAGAGAAUUCCACUUAACAACUUACAGACCAUCUUGUUUAAUUUCUUUGGCCGAACUUCACUCUUCAAGACUAAAAAUUUUGCGGAAGCGUUAACUACAUAUGUUGUGAGUGCCAGCAUUUCAGAUAUGUCCAUUCAAAACUUGGCUGACCCAGUGGUUAUCACUCUGAAGCACAUUGAAGGAAACCGGCAUCAUGGUCAAUUUUACUGUGCGUUUUGGGACUUUGGCAAGAACAAUGGGCUAGGUGGAUGGAAUACAUCAGGCUGUAAAGUAAAUGAAACAAAUGUAAAUUAUACAAUCUGUCAGUGUGACCACCUUACCCAUUUUGGAGUCUUAAUGGAUUUAUCCAGGUCUCCAGUGGAUACAGUAAAUGAAAGGAUAUUAGUGCUUAUAACAUAUACUGGAUGUGGAAUCUCCUCCAUUUUUCUGGGAAUUGCAAUAGUGACAUACAUAGUUUUUCAUAAACUUCGAAAAGAUUAUCCUUCCAAAAUCCUGGUCAACCUGUGCAUGGCACUAUUGAUGCUAAACAUGGUAUUUCUGGUCAAUUCCUGGUCAGCCUCAUUUCAGAAUGUGGGACUUUGUAUCACCGCUGCAGCGGCUCUUCAUUACUUCCUGCUCGUCUCUUUGACGUGGAUGGGCCUGGAGGCGGUCCACAUGUAUUUUGCUCUAGUCAAAGUCUUCAAUACAUACGUCCCAAAUUACAUCCUUAAAUUUUGUCUGAUUGGUUGGGGAAUUCCAGCUAUUUUGGUGGCAAUCAUACUCAGCGUGAAGAAAGAUCUGUAUGGAAUUAUGAGCCCAGUGACUCCAUUUUGUUGGAUUAAAGAUGAUUCUAUAUUUUACAUCUCAGUCGUGGCCUAUUUUUGCCUUAUAUUUGUCAUGAAUCUCUCCAUGUUCUGCACUGUUCUUGCUCAACUUAAUUCUAUGAAAGCCCAAAGCCAGAAGAUUCGUCGGAAGAUGAUCCUACAAGACCUGAAAGGCACAACAAGUCUGACAUUCUUACUUGGCCUCACUUGGGGGUUUGCAUUUUUCGCUUGGGGACCUAUGAGGAUCCUCUUUUUGUAUCUUUUUGCCAUUUUUAACACUUUGCAAGGGUUCCUCAUUUUUGUGUUCUACUGUGCAAUGAAGGAGAGUGUGCGGGAGCAGUGGCAGAUACACAUUUUUGGCAGGUGGUCUCAACUGGAUAACUCUUCUGAUGUGAGCAGCAGAUGUGGGCUGAAUGUUGGCUAUAAACAGGAGAGACGGAAGAAAAUGCCUGAGCACAAAUGGUUGGCACCACCACUUAAGUCAACAGGAACUAACUCCCCUUACAAAUGUUUAGGCUCCACACAAGGUAUUCCUUCGGACAUAAGCCACCACAAUGGUGAGAAAAUAAAAAGACUAGCUGUGUACACUGAUUUUCAGCGAUAUUGA